AUGAGGCCGAGUUCAACAGGCGGGGGCCUCCAGGUCGCCGACGACCCGGCCCGGGCCGGCCACGCGGUGUGCUUCACCCAUGCCGGGCUCAACGCCGGCAACGUGCUGCUCGACUACGUCCUGCUGCAGGACGGCACGCGCGGCUGGACGAUCACCGGCAUCGUCGACUGGGAGAUUUCGGGAUUCUUCCCAAAAUACUGGGAGUUUACCAAUACAAGCCCACGUCACUGGUGGUCAACGACCUUUUUCGCGCCGCCUUCCGGGGGCAAUGACGAGUAUGGCAGGGAGUACCAGCUAGAGCAGGAGUGUUGGUUCCAGGGUGCUGGGUGCCCCGCUGGCUCGGUGGUUUGCUAA